GUUUUGCAUGAGUUUUAGUUAUAACCACGCCAGAAAUUAUGGCUGAAAGAUCAAAAUGUCUGGUGCCCCUAGGAUGGUUUGUGGCUUUUGCGAUCUACAUAGUACAAGCGUGCAUCCUUAUGAAAUUUUUAGAAGUGCACACUACUACCAACAGCAAUUUGUAUUGGAUUGGCGUCGGAAUCUAUCUUCUGUUUGCCUUGAUUGUCUUCAUGGUAUUACGCAAAACAAAAGGCUACGCCGAAGACGACGAAGGGGUUAGGUACGUCUGGGGAUUCUGGCUCGUGUAUAUUUUGCUUUACAUGAUAUCCGUUGCGAUAAUCUUUGGCAAGGUGGCAGAUAAAUUGGACAGGUUCGAAACAUAUGGUCCGAAUUUCUUAAAAGCCAUAUUGUGUAUUGCUCCAGCGUUGCUUGUCCUUGUGUUACAGCUGGUCAUCUGUCCGUCCUAUCGCAAAGGAGUCCUGACGUUGUCCAUCUUCGCAGCUUUGGAUCUUUUUGACGGCAUCGAGAUGCUGGAAAUCGUCCUUAUGCAAAACGAAAUAGAGGAUUUUGAACUAGAUAGCUCCGUUAAGAAGGUGAUCAUUGGUUUUGCUUGUGCGAGUUUUAUAGUCACUUCGCUUCGCUUGGCCUGUUACGAAUUUAAAGAUGGCACUGUUGAAGAAAAAGAAAAUGGGUGGGUUUUAUUUUUUGGUUUCAUCGAGAUCUUAUUCAUCAACGCAGUGUUUUUAGGCCUGCGAAUAUACGUGUGGGUCGAUUGUGAUUACGAAACAGCCAUCUUUAUCGCCAAGAAUAUAGUGUCGUUAGUUGUUGGAAUCGUGAAUUUCUGUAUCGCUUGUGAAUGCUGCACUUGUGGGUAAUUUGGACAGGCUUGAGUUAGGUCGAACAGCUUAUCAUAUUAGUAUUUGGUAGUUUGGUUGCAACCGUUGCAUGUAUAUAGCAAUAUAAGCAUUGACAUUGUUGUAUGGUAGAUGUCGAGUUUGUAAUCAUUGUAUUAUCAUCCUUGUUUUUUAAAUUUGAAGCACCGAUUAUAUUUGAAGCACCGUCUUGUU